UGUGACCGCUCGCAAAUCAACUGGAGGCAAGGCUCCUCGUAUGCAGUUGACUACUAAGGCAGCAUGUAAAAGUGCACCAGCUACUGGCGGUGUGAAAAAACCUCAUCGCUAUCGCCCUGGUACAGUUGCUCUGCGUGAAAUUCGUCGUUACCAGAAGAGCACAGAAUUGCUUAUUCGCAAGUUGCCGUUCCAGCGUCUAGUCCGUGAAAUCGCUCAGGACUUCAAGACUGAUCUUCGUUUCCAAAGCUCAGCUGUAAUGGCUUUACAGGAAGCUAGCGAAGCCUACUUGGUUGGCCUAUUCGAAGAUACAAAUUUGUGCGCCAUUCAUGCCAAACGCGUCACGAUCAUGCCCAAGGACAUUCAACUGGCCAGACGUAUCCGUGGCGAGCGCGCUUAAAUCGCUUCGCUAUUCUGUUUAGUAUAUUAUUACAAGCAACAUCCAACAAAUCGGUCCUUUUCAGGA